AUUUGAGCGGUCCUGAAAUUAGGGACAUAUUGAAAUUAAUACUUAUGUAAUGAUUAAUGAUUUGUAAACUGUUAAUUGUAAUAUAGGAUUGCUAUAAUUUUCAACUGUCAACUUCUAAGCAGUCUAAUGAAAUAUUUCAUAAGCUAAUGUGAUAAACUGAUAAGCAAUAUGAAUUCUGAAUACUUUACGGUAAAAUAUUUCUUUCAAAUAUCAGUAAAAUAUGCAUAGGCACACAUAGGUAUUUUUCAUCUCAAAUACAAUAUUUAUUUAUUUAUUCAUUACGAUAUAAUACAUAAUUACAUAGCGAAUUAGUGACUAUAAUUGCUAUUAUUAUUAUGUUGUCAUUCAACCGGCCUUCGAAGCUUGUUAUUUAAACUAAUUAAACUAUAAAAUUUUCAUCGAAAAAUAAGCCACUUUUUUUCUUUUGACCAAGCCGACUGCCGAGAGUUAUCUCUUCUCUACAUCGUGAUUUUCAUUAUCAAUAUUUCGACGUGAGCCGCUGAUAAGAGUGUAUUGCUGUAGUUCACUGUGGUCGUGACUCGUGGUGCUGCUGUUGCCACUCGGCUAACACAUUUUCGUCUUCAGUUCGGAAGUCGUUUCGUAUUAAAGCCAUGUCAGAUUCCACUCAAUCAUCAUUCAGUUUCCUAUCCAACUGGAAAUUUAGUUUGGCCGUCUGCGUGCCAUGUUUUGCGGUAGGCUUGGGUGCGACUUAUUAUUUUUACUCAAAAUCGAAUGGUAAGAAACAGCUACCUCACGAGCCGACAAUCAAACAUCGUGACAUUGAAGGAAACAAUGUUGUCCAAAAGCCGCUCGAGUCAAAUGGUAUUGAUUGCAACACAGUGAAAAUUCAUAAACCGACUCUUACUGAACAAGUUGAAGAAUUUAAAAAACAAGGAAAUGCAGAGUUUUCUAAACAAAAUUAUGAUGCAGCCAUUACUUUUUACACUCAAGCCUUAUCAAUGUGUCCACAGUCUGAGAAAGGAUUGUUGUCCACUGUAUAUCAAAACCGAGCUGCUGCUUACAGUAAAUUGAACAAUAAUGAGAAUUGUGUGGCUGACUGUGACAAGGCCUUAGAAUUAGUACCAUCAUACAAAAAAGCAUUAUCCCGAAGAGCUAGAGCACUUACAGAAUUAGGAAAUUUUAAGCUAGCUUUAGAAGAUAUAACAGCUGUAGUAAUGUUGGACGAGUUUAAAAAUCAAUCUGAUAUUAUGUUUGCGGACAGUGUGAUAAAAAGUUUGGGCAAAAAGAACUUAGAAGAGUACACAAAACACAAUGUUUUUAAUUUGCCCACUAAAAUAUUCAUUGAAAAUUAUAUGAAAUCAUUUAGUGAAGAUCCAUUUAAUGAUGAAUUUCCGCAAUCAUUAAUGAAAUCGGAAAUAAAUACUGGUUUGGAGUUAGCAUUAAAAUGUAUCAAAGAUAAAAACUAUGAAAAAAUUGAGGAUGCUUGUAAAGAAGAAUUGAAGAAGACUGAUAAUAGUUUAAUUCGAAGAACUUUGGCAUUAAAUUUGCUUGCUACUUUUUCUAUACUACGUGGUAACUAUGUGACCGGGGUCGAACAUCUUACAACUGUUAUAGAAACCCCAGGAGUUCCUAAUAAGUUGGUGAUUAAUUCUUUAAUCAAAAGAUCAUCUGUUUACCAUCAACAAGAACAAGUAGAAAAAUCUUUUGAAGAUUUAAAACGCGCAGAAAGUAUUGAUCCAAAUUGUUCUGAAGUAUUUCACCACAGAGCUCAAAUUUAUUUACUAGAAAUGAAUAGCGAGAAAGCAGUUGAAGAAUUUAAACGGGCUGUAGAAUUGAAUCCUACGUUUAUUUUAUCAAAUGUUCAAUGUUGUUAUGCUCAAUAUCUUCAUGCAAAACACAUGUCAAAUGUAUUGGACACUGAAAAAUUUUUAAACAAGUUAAAAGGAUUUGUUAUUAAAUACCCUGAUUAUGUUGAAAGCUAUACUCUAUAUGCACAAGCUUUAACAGAAAAGGGAGCAUAUGAAGAGGCAGAUUUAUUAUUCAAAAAGGUGUAUGAAAUUUAUCCAGAAAAUGCUACUUUAUUAGUACACAGAGCUUUGGUUGUAUUAUCGUGGAAAAGUUCAAUCAACGAAGCAUUUACCUUCCUCCAACAAGCAAUAAAAGUUGACCCAAAAUGUGAUUAUGCUUAUGAAACAUUGGGAACACUUUAUAUUCAAACAGGAAAAUUAGAAGAAGCAGUCGAAUGUUUAGAAAAAGCAGUACCUUUAUCCAAGUCUGAAAAGGAAUUGUUACAUAUAUUUUCAUUGAGAGAUUCAGCAAGGGCACAAUUAGCAGUAGUUAAGCGUUUGGGAUUAACUCCUCAACUAUAAUCAUUUGAAAAUAAUUUUUCCUUUACUUCUUUAUAAUCAUUAUUCAAUAAAAUAAAGAGCUUUAGUUUUUUUUUUUUUUUAAA